ACCAAACAAGGGAAGGGCUCGUUUGGAUGCUUAGUGUGGACUUUCCUCUUUCUUGCAACAAGGGACCAUGAUGGAGGACGCCGGGGUGCACCGGGUAAUAUGGGAUGGAGACGCCAAAGCAGUCCAGCAGUGUCUGACGGACAUUUUCACCAGUGUUUACACCACUUGCGACAUCCCGGAAAACGCCAUCUUCGGUCCCUGCGUGCUUAGCCAUACCUCGCUCUACGACAGCAUCGCUUUCAUCGCCCUCAAAUCCACAGACAAGAGAACCGUCCCUUAUAUAUUCCGGGUGGACACCUCCGCCGCCAAUGGUUCCUCUGAGGGCUUAAUGUGGCUUCGGCUGGUCCAGUCGGCGAGGGACAAAGAGGAACAGAAUCUGGAAGCCUACAUCAAAAACGGACAAUUGUUUUACCGCUCCCUCCGAAGGAUUGCCAAAGACGAAGAGUUGCUGGUCUGGUAUGGGAAAGAACUGACCGAGUUACUCCUGCUGAGCACCGCCAGGGCGCAAAGCAAAAUGAACGGGGCGCCCCCUUACACCUGCCUGGAGUGCAGCCAGCGCUUCCAGUUCGAGUUUCCGUACGUGGCCCACCUUCGGUUCCGCUGCCCCAAGAGACUGCACGGCGGCGAGGGCGGCGGCAGCCCCGGCGACGACUCCAGCCGCAAGGCGAGCAGCCCCGCCAAGGAGCACGAGGUCCCCCUGGGGUCCGGAGCCGCCAAAUACCCGAGCAAGCUCAACGGGGGCCAGGCCCAGAUCCACGCCCACCCUCACCCGCCUCACCACCGGCCCCAUUACCCCCACGGCGCUCAGGACACCAACGGCACCAGCAACGGGGCGCUGAGCAAGCCGUCCACGGACUUCCACAACGAGCUGGCGUGCACCCCGCAGCAGCAGUACCGGCCGGCGGGGAGCUACUUCGGCCUGGAGGAGAGCGGCCGCCUCUUCGGGCCGCCCAGCCCGGAGACCGGGGAGGCCAAGCGGAGCGCCUUCGUGGAGGUGAAGAAGGCCUCUCGGGGGGGCCUCGAGGCCGGCGACGACGAGAAAGAGCGAGGCUCGCCGGGCAGCGCCCAAGGCGGCGGCGGCGGAGGAGAACUGGUGCGCCAAGUGCAACGCCUCCUUCCGCAUGACCUCCGACUUGGUGUACCACAUGCGCUCCCACCACAAGAAGGAGUACGCCCUGGAGCCCCUGGUCAAGCGCCGGCGCGAGGAGAAGCUCAACUCCAGCUGCAGCUGCCCUCGGCCCUGACGCUGCUGCCGCCCUCCUUCACCUCGCUGUGCCUGCCGGCGCAGAACUGGUGCGCCAAGUGCAACGCCUCCUUCCGCAUGACCUCCGACUUGGUGUACCACAUGCGCUCCCACCACAAGAAGGAGUACGCCCUGGAGCCCCUGGUCAAGCGCCGGCGCGAGGAGAAGCUCAAGUGCCCCAUCUGCAACGAGUCCUUCCGAGAGCGCCACCACCUCUCCCGGCACAUGACUUCGCACAACUGAGCGCACGCUCACACACCGCCGCCGCCACCAACCACCACCACCACCACCACGGGGCUCCUCUUCCCCGACGGAGGCGUUUCACUUCCCGGGGCCUCCCUUCUUCAGGAAAGGCGGUAGGCCUGGGUGCCUCCGGCGUACCUUUGCGCAAAAUCCUUGUGCCGCACCCGUGCCCGUCGAGGGGAAACCGGACUCAGACUGGUUUAAAAUGUGCGCCAUCCAUCAGUCCCAAGGGAGAGCAGGCGAGGGGGGGGAGAUACAGCCACAUGCACAGGCCUGUAGGCCUCCCUACCUCCCUGGGGUGGUAAGCGGCGCACUGCACAGGCACACAAGAGGCAAAGCAUCCUCGCGUCGUCCUCGGCAAGAGUGAAAAGGAUGAUGAAGGCCACAAGGGGUGCCUUCCUUAACCGUUUUGGAAGCCCCCCCCCCAUGCUUGAACAAAUUGCUAAACAAGUAGCAAUAACGGUUGUCGAGUUGCCCCUUUGAUUCUGAGGCAGUCCCCAAAUGCUCUGCAAACCCACCUCAUGGGUUCAUCAACCUCAAGUGGAAACACAUUCAGGAAAAGGAAAGGACCCCCCCCCCC